CCGAAGUUCACUGAAUGCUCCGUUUGAUCUUGGCUGGUGUGACAGCUCUCUCCAGCAGGAACCAGCUUCAGUUGUUUUCCUUCUUUCUGCCUAACGCUAGCGGACUCAGGAGGAAUGGUAGCCGGUUAGCUCUUCAGACAGCAGCAGUAGCUAGCAGAAGAUUAACUUAUUAACGUUAUUUGACAUUCGGUUGUUUUGUUAAAAUAAUGAAUUUACUACCGUCGAAUCCUCACGGGAAUGGGCUCCUUUAUGCUGGAUUUAACCAGGAUCACGGAUGCUUUGCCUGUGGAAUGGAGAAUGGAUUUCGUGUUUACAACACAGAUCCGCUUAAGGAGAAGGAGAAACAAGAGUUCAUGGAGGGCGGGGUUGGCCACGUGGAGAUGCUGUUCAUGAACUAUUUAGCACUAGUGGGAGGAGGAAAGAAACCCAAGUACCCAACCAACAAAGUGAUGAUCUGGGAUGACCUGAAGAAGAAGACCGUUAUUGAGAUUGAGUUCUCAACAGAAGUCAAAGCAGUGAAGCUUCGGCGUGACAGGAUUGUGGUGGUCCUGGACUCAAUGAUCAAAGUCUUCACCUUUACCCACAACCCCCAUCAGCUGCAUGUGUUUGAAACCUGUUACAACCCCAAAGGUCUGUGUGUGCUGUGUCCCAAUAGCAACAACUCUCUGUUGGCAUUCCCUGGAACACACUCAGGCCAUGUGCAGAUAGUGGACCUGGCCAACACAGAGAAGCCCCCAGUUGAUAUCCCCGCCCAUGAAGGGGCGCUGUGCUGCAUCGCUCUAAAUCUGCAGGGCACAAGAAUUGCUACUGCAUCAGAGAAAGGGACUCUUAUUAGAAUUUUUGACACAUCUGCAGGUCAGCUCAUACAGGAGCUAAGACGAGGCUCUCAGACAGCUAACAUUUACUGCAUUAAUUUCAACCAGGAUGCGUCCCUUAUCUGUGUGUCCAGUGACCAUGGCACAGUGCACAUCUUUGCUGCAGAGGACCCCAAAAGGAACAAACAGUCAAGUUUGGCAUCAGCCAGCUUUCUUCCCAAAUACUUCAGCUCCAAGUGGAGCUUCUCCAAGUUCCAGGUCCCCUCAGGUUCUCCCUGUGUGUGUGCCUUUGGAACAGAGCCCAAUGCUGUCAUAGCCAUUUGUGCUGAUGGCAGCUACUACAAGUUUAUGUUCAACCAGAAAGGGGAGUGUUCCAGAGAUGUGUACGCCCAGUUCCUGGAGAUGACCGAUGAGAAAAUAUGACCUUUGACCCCCCCACCCACCCCCACCGGGACAUUAUUUGUUUUUUUAUGUUGGACGGAGGAGAAGUCCCAUGUUGCAGUUCUACUUAUCUUGACAGACUUUGUAAAAGAGCAUCAGAUGAAGGGAGGACAAAGAAAGAGAAGCACAGACUCUAGGUCAAACAGGGACGCAGACUUUUGUCUCUCACAGACUCCUGAAGCUUGUUUCCGGACAGAGGGACACUUGACUCCCAAACCAAACACUAGAGGAAAGAGGGAAAGUUAUUUUUUUGAACGGACAACAUGCAGCUUUUUAAGACGUCUUCCGAGGAAUUUACAAAGGAUGGCUAUUUUUAAUCACAUAGAUGAUUCUGACAGUUAGAUAAGUUGAAAAUAUUGAGAUUUUUGUCGACUAACACCACCUAACCUAACUAUAGGGAGUGCCUCGAGACUGGAGAGAAUCUGUUUGUGUGCACAUAUUACUGUCGUCAUAUAUGCAUAAUGUGUGUUUGUGUAUAUACCAAUGUACCAUAUUAGGUGUUUGCAAAGCAGGAUCAGAAUGAGUUCAUAGUCUUUAACAUCUGAAGUGUUGGAAUGCACUGAUCCUGCAUUGUGAAGCGUCACCUUAGUAUUACUAGAUUUUCUUAUAUUCACUGUAUAAACACAACGCGCCAGACUGAACGUAACUACAUAGAACUGUACAGCAGCAGAAAAAAAACUUAACAUGUAUUUUUUUUUUUUUUUUCAUACAUUGUGCAAUAUGUUUUCCUUAUGUUUUUGUUAUGAGCUCUUGAAAGUUGAGUGUUUGUUGUUUCUACCUGACCAAGAAAGCUUAAAGAAAUAGUUUGUCAUUUAUUGGGAAAUUCGGUUAUUCGCUUUUGUUUCCGAGAUUUGAAAGAUGGAUACCACUCUUAUGGCUGUAUGCUAAAUGUAAAGCUGCAGCAGUUAGCUUAGCUUAGCAUUAACACUGGAAAAAGCUAGCCAGCCUCCGUGGCAACAAAAUCCACCUAUGAGCACCUCUGAAAGUAACUGAGCAGCGCCUUCCUAAAGUUUGGCCGUCACAAGUUUUUACACAGAUCUUUGUAGAGAUUAAGCAAACCAGACGUAACAUUUCCAGUCUUUACACUAAGCUAACCGGCUGAUAGCUUUAGCUUCAUAUUAACCCUACAGAUGUCAGAGUGGCAUUGAUCUUCUCAACUCUUUGAGAAACAAUUUCUCUUAAGAGUUUGUGAAGGUUGUUUGGGAAAGCUUAAGAGCCAAACACACACAGUUUCCAUCAUAUAUCACACAAAACAAAUUGUUUUUCGGUGAGUUUUUUUCUACUCGGCAGCCCAAAUCAACUUUAAAAACAUGAACAUUUUGAAUUUAGUUCAACACUGAUAAUACAUUAUUAGCCCAAUCCAGUUAAAUGAUGGUUGCUCCACAUAUUUUGUUUGGCCAGUGUGGCUCUCUGGUCACAGCUGUAUGUUCCUUUUUGUUUAAAUCCUGACAACACUCUUCACUUUGAGUGAGGGGUAUGUCCUGUGUCUGUAUUUCCGUAAACUGCUUCACCAUGCCCCUAAAAGCAUCGAUCAAUUCCGCUAAUGCAAAUCAGGGACUCUGCAGUGCUUUGUUGAAGCCCAUGGCUAUUAACAAGACCUGUUCAGUGUGGGUCUGCCACAAACGUGUAUAAGUGGAAGUGUGUUAAUGUUUAGUUAAAUAAGAUCAUUUUUCCUGUUGUCAUGUUAAUUGACAGCACUUUUGUUGAUUCAGUGCAAAAAAAACAUUUCAUUCGCGUUGCUUUCUGCAUCAGAUUGUACAAUUGCAGGUGUCACUCUGGUGAACGUACACAGCACUUGGCGGUCACUGACCACAGUAGGGAUUGCUGCACAAACUGAAAAGCCAACUUGUUUCUGACUAACUCAGAAUGAUUGUAAAACCUGCAUUUAAAUUUGUGAAUAAAAUCUGCUUUUACAGGUAAACUUUAA